AUGAUCAGAGGCGCGUGCCCUGCAGUCAGUUGUUGCAACGGAGGCCCCUGGGCACAAAGGGUUCAGAAUGGGACCAGUGGCACGAGCCCUAAGAUCGUUGCAGCCCCGGUAGGCUCAGAAAACAUCCAGCUGGAGCAGGGGGUCAGGCGAGCUGGCCCCCAUUCUGUCAGCGCAAAUGCCAAUUUCAAGGAACUAAGUGCAUCUGGAGGACAAGUUGUAUUCAUCAAUAACAAUGUAUCCCUAGUAAACGGUUACGGCAGGAAUUUUUAUGUGGAAUUUAUAAGCUACCUGGAUAACAAAAUGAAGCCGACAAAACACAUUUCAACUCCUAGUCACGCUUUGGCAAGUGCUCCAGAAGUGCCUUAUAUGAAACAACUACUCAAUUUAUCAUUGUCACCUAAAGCAAGGGAAACACAUGGUGCAAAAUUAAUACAUCAUAAAGCUGAACCAAUGGUCAUAAAAUCACCACCAACAGGAGAAAACAGUAUGCGGUAUGCUUUGCCCAUUCCAUCCAUUCAGACAAAGAGAUUAAUAGCAGGAGAUGAAAAGAUCAAAGAAAUUAUCAAACACCUCAUCGUGGUGGUAUCAAGGUUGGAAGAAACUUAUGGAUUUGAUUUUGAAAAUGUAAAGAGUAAAAAAGCUGACUCUAAGCAGGAAGACUUAUUUAACUCUGUUGGAAAUUUGAAAUCAUUCAUGACAUAUUGUUCAGAAUUUACAACUCAGCUAGAACAAUCAUGUAAAGAAGAGCGUUCUAUAAGUAGAGAUCAAAAUUUUGCAGACGAUCUUACAUUUGAUGAAAGACCUGCUUUGGCCUAUUCACAAUUAGGAAAGCUAAUAGGAAAACUAGAACAUCUAAGAAAUUAUGUUAAACACGCACCUAAAUACAUCCAGAAAUCCAUAGAAUAUGAAAAUUUGUUAGCAAAGAAGAAAAGUUAUGAGAGUUUACGACAACAAAUUGAAGGUGAAUAUUAA